AUGGGGCAGUACCCAGGAACCUGUGGCGCCAAGAUAUACAUUUACAGCGUUUUGCAGCGCCUAGUCUGUAGCGGGAAGGCUGUGUCCGUGGCCGGCUCUUUGAUUUCACAUUAUCUGCUUUUGACGACGCCCCCCCGCCCCCACCCCGGGAGGCCGCGCGGCUCUCCGCGUGGGGGGACCGAGAGUCCGGCAAGCAGUUUCCGCAGCGCCAAACCCGCGAGGGCGCCGCGCGGCGUCCCCGAGGGCGCACGGGCCCACGGAAGGAGUUUCGCGCGGGGUUGGCGGGUAGCACUGCCUGAGCCGGGUGCCCCAGGACACACGCCGGGGCCGGAGCCCGGAAGCACCGGGAGCGCGCGGGGCGGGGCGCUGGGCGGCGGGACCUGCCGGACCCGCGCGCGGGGCGGGGCCGGAGCAGCCCGGCCCCCUGGCCUUUGCCGCGCAGCCACCUCCAGGGUGGCGCAGGAAGGCAGGACCACAGCCCGGCUAGACUCCACUUGGUCUGGACACCACUGCCUAACACGGCGUAGGAGUCAACAGUUAACACCUCAUCCAUCAGAUCUGAUCCCAACCUCGACUGGCUUUCCAGGUUCCCCAGGCCACAAGACUUCCCCAGGCCUCCUCAGGGUCCCACACCCUAUGGACCCACGGGCUGGUUUUUCUGGUUUGUUCCUCCAGGGCAAUUUGCAUAUUUCUCCGAAGAACUUCCAAGAAGCUGGACAGCCUGUUUUCAGACUUAGAGAGAAGGGAAACCCAAGGUUGCUUCUUGAAAUCUGGUGACUUGGAAGAGUUGUUAUUAUUCUGGGGAUACUAAGCCUUUGUGAUAAACACAUUUGAAAAUAUCUCCCGGAGACCUGAGCUAAGAUGGUGGAGGAAUAGGAUGGGGAGACCACUUUCUCCCCUACAAAUUCAUCGAAAGAACACUUGAACGCUGAACAAACUUCACAAAACA